AUGGCUGCGCUGGUUCAAACGAUCCCCCAACACAGUAGCACAGUACCGGUGCUCCAGACGCGUCCUUCCUCCUCCUCGGGCACCUUCGUCUCCUCAACAGCCCAGAAUCCAGGCUCUCAAUACCAGAAUAUGUCCUGGGGCUCCUUCAAUACCGGCAAUUCCGGGAGCUAUCGCGCAGGCCACCCGGUUGUGGCUCCCUAUGCCUACGCUCCCAAUCUGGGUCCUGCGGCUUCCUCUCCCACAGCACAGCAUCGCCAGUCGUGGUCGCCCCAUCUUCGUACGGAGCAUCGCACCUUUUCCGCUCCUGCGAUCCAUCAGGGUUCCAUGAAUCCGUCCUUCACGGGCAACUCGCGUGUCAACAAUCCUGCAGCUGGUUCUGUAUCGACUUCCUCUUCGUCCAACUCUUCUUUUCGUUCCCAUAUUUCCAAGGACGACAGUGCCCUUCCUUCCCGGCAGUUGAGAACGGAGCAACCGCUCCGUCCUCUGUCGACUGCCAACCUCCCUCCUCCCAACGUCAUGAAUAUCUCCUCUCCCGCUGGCUCCGCAAAGCCCUCUCCUAAUCGUUACCGUCGUGCGAAUCAACAACGGACAGACAGUGCUCGAUCUCAGUCACCCGUCCCUGCGUCCACGCCUCCUGCUAUUGAUGAUAAGACGACCGUCGGCCCUCCCCCCGUUUUCCGGUCAAAUGGCCAUAACCGUGUUUCCAGCGUAGACGACUCGUCUCACCUAGAAAGGCCACAGCCGGAACUCGCUAAGCGGUACCGUCGCCGGAGUCUGGGGAAUAUGGAUCCAGCUGCGUACCCAAACUUGGAGCUGCAAAUUCCCGUCUCCUCAUCUCCUCAGUCAGGCCCCUACGACUUCAUCGCAUUUGACACGAACCAAAGGCCUCGCUCGGCACACUCUCACCGGGAUAGUUCGGGGAGCGUCCACUCGGCACACUCAUCAACCUCUUCGGUUCGAGUACCGUCUCCCGAUGCAAGUUCUAUCACCAGUAAGACCGGUAGGCCGGAGGAGAAGCGAGCAAGCAAACCCUCGCCCCUCUCACAACCGUCGACUUCAGCCGAAUCCCCAAAGACUGGACCGACUACAGCGUCGUCACCCCCGUCGGAAUCGCCGGCAGCCAAACGUCUGGCUGAGCUGAAGAAUGAUCACAAGCGCCCGGGAAAAUCACGCUUACGACGUGCCUUCUCUUUCGGCAGUGCUUCUGAGUUGUUGAAGGCAUCCUCCGCACAAAAUGCCGCUGCCAAGCGAGAGGCCGCGGCUGCCGAGCAGGCUCGCCGGGAGGCUCUUCGUGAGGAGCUGGGAGAAGAACAAGCCGCCAUUGCUGAGCAACAAGAAGCCAGUGGCCUGGGUGAGAGUAUCUACUCCCAUCAAGGUAGCUUCUUCCGUGGCUCCACCGAUGCUCUGUCCGUUUCAUCAACCGCUUCCUCGGCAUCGAUGAUGCUCCGCAAGAUGGGCAAGGGGAUGAAGCGAGGCGGUCGAUCCCUCGUCGGCUUGUUUCGUCCUAAGUCAAUUGCGAGCAUCAACUCGAUUGAAGGUGGAGUCGGAGCACCGGAACAGCCCAUGGCUGCUCCCAAGAUCUCAGUGGUGAAUGUUGAAGGCGAGCGAGCGGACCUGGAGAGCGUAACAGUGAAUCCCGAUCUGCAAGACGUGCCCCGUGGAGGCACAGUAUUCCCCAAAGCCGAAGGAGGCUCGGAGCCUCGCCGAUCUACUUCUAUCCGCGAUCGCCCGCAGCAACGCAGUGUCUCGGAUAACACCGCUGACACGCGCAAGAGCAUCCUUGGAGGUGAGCGUGAACGAGCGGAGGUCUUGGCGAAUAUUCGGCAGACCAGGGGUAUCUUGAAGAAGACCAACUCGGAUCUCGGUGUGUCUCAGGUUCGUGCACAGAAUGGCAGUGAAUCGCCACAUUCCAGUGCGCCAACGACCCCUGAUGAAGGCAGCCGGGCUGCUCGCCCGGCCGAUCAUGUCAAGAUCGCUGGUGAAGACUACUUCAUGUCGGAAGGUGGACGCUUUUCCGGUGGUGACGCUAAGAGCGCCCCCAUCACUCCUCAGCCGAGUUCACGAAACAUCAUGUUCAGCCCUCGCAUUCAAUUCCACGACACCUGGCCCAGUGGCGAGUAUGACCGUCGUGGAGACAUUGCGACUUGCAACCGUUUGACGCCUCUGCUUGCUCAACAGAUCCGCGAGGAGAUAAAUAACUUCAAGAUGGAGAUGGAAGUCCAUGAGAACUCCAAGAUCUACACCCACUUCAUUUGA